AUGCGUGGGCUUUCGGGUGAGCGGCAGCAUUUGCGAUUCAUUGGCUCCGGUGUUACUGUUGCUGCUGCUGCCGUUGCUGCUGCGGAACACGCCGUAGCAGCUCUGACGCGACGUGGAGCUAGCACCGCAGUGGCGCCGCCGCUGCCGCCGCCAGACGCUAUCGGCGCUGCCUCUCGGGUGUUCGCCAUGCGGAAGCGUGCGCUUGCAUUGCUGGGCACUGCAGCAGCGGCCGAGGACGACGGCGUCGCCGGGCUGCCGCCCCCGGAGCUGCUGCCACCUCCUGAUGUGAGGAAGGUUCCAGAAGUACCUGCCAGGACGGACGCAGACAGCGCUAGCGGCGAGGCGGGCGGUGCGGACAAGUGUGGGAAUGACUGCGGUGGCGGCUGGUUGGACGUGGGAUUUUGCGAGGAUAGGGGAAGGGGGCUUGGGGCUGCUCCAGGGUGGCUAAUCUUGGGGAGUGCCGGCGGCGACGUGAGGGCAGCAGUGACGGCGCUUGAGUUCGUACUGGAGGACGCCUUAAGAUAUUUUGAUGAGCGUAAUAUUCGCGGUUAUCUGCGUUGUAGGUUCCUGUUCGUUUCUGAUGAGCCGGCACAGUCCUGA